CUCGGAUUUAAAAAAAAAGGCAAGAUAAGGCACAAGAGACAAGAGCUCCGCGAAUUUGCAGAUCCAAAGUCUACACCGCCAACACAUCAGCGAUAAUUGUGUGUCCUAGCGAUAUGACCGAAAAACGCAAAAGGCAAUCUACUGGACUAGAAAGACCCGCGAAAAAAAGUGCGAUCGAGCUUCAAGAACUUGGUCCAAUCCUUGCUUCCACACCAUGCAUUUCGCUACCGCGCGAGGCUCAAUUCCAGACGUACCUGAAGGAGGGCAAAUUGUCACGCAGUAAAGAGCUUCUUCUCUACUCCUCAAACCAUGAUGAAUUGGACUACAUCAUGAGAGAAGAGGAAGAUGGGCACACUAAGCACUACAUCGGCGUAUAUGAUCCUACAACUGACAAGCUACUGAGAGUUAUUGAGGUACCACGAAGGUUCUCAGUAAGAUGCUCACUCCGUCGCGAAACGCAAGAAUCGCAGAGGGAAGGGGAUCUUCAAAGACAGCGAGCUGCGCAAGCAUCGAACAUGAAUGCGCGCAACGCGCUUGGCUUGGAAUUUGGGGGAGCGAAGGCAAAGAAGCAAAUCAAGAGCCUCACAGAGAAUGCUAUCACGUCGACAGAGAUCGAUGGCGUAGCUCCCACAGCCGAUGCUGCCACGGCCGCUUUGAUUAGCUCUAUUGUUCAUUCUACUGCCGAUAUGCCUUCUCAAGAGACUGUGCAAGCUGAGAUAGCGGCGUCGAGACCGAGGCCUAUCGCAAAUCUAGCCACGAAGAAUCUACAAGAAGUCUACACAAUUGAGAGUCUUAUUCCAGCAAGUUCUCUUAUCUCGCUGGAAAUCAACGACUGGAUAGAAGAUCCAGACAACAUCGAGGGCAGUGCAAGCAGAUUUGUGGCAAACCGUGUCAUGAAAAUCGCAAGGAGUGGAGACACGACAAAAGUUAAAGCCCUGAGAUACAUCCUGCACCUGCUGCAAUUCCACAAUUCUCUUCCUCGGAAAAGGCUUCCAUACAAAUUACCCAAGAGAGAAGAGCUGAAGAAGCUUAUGAAAGCGCCAGAUUCGAUCAUCAGCGAUAUCGUUCGCAAGUUUUCAACGGGGAACCAAAUGCCUAGAUGGAAUGUUGAUUAUCUAAUAACCCACAUUUGCGCGUUAGCUCUCAUUGUUGAUCAGUUCGAUGUCGACAUUUUUGCGCUUCACAAAGACCUUAGCCGCGAACCGAAAGAAAUUUGUGAUUACUUUAGAGAGAUUGGCUGCAAGAUCGCCAAUCCCACGGAGACAGAGAGACAACAAAUGAGGAUAACGAAGGCUGAGGCAAGUGACCAUAGAAUAGCUAAGCUCAGGAUACCCCUAGAAUUUCCUACGAUCAAAGCUCGUGGUCAAGCAAAGAAGAGAUAGAUAAACAGGACUGUAUCAAGCUUAUAUAUGCAGCCUAAUGGACUCUACCCUGUAGUGGCUAGAGCAUCUUUCUUCUAUAAAAUAUGAAAUGCGAGUUUGCUAUCGGAAUUGCGCUAGGUGCAGCGCUGUCUCUACAAGCUGAAUAUAUUUCGUAGGAGAUUGGUGACCAAAAUUGACAGCAUUUGGACGGUAUGCCGUCGCGCUCGUAUCGAGUUUCACCGUCUAAGUCCAACUCGAACCGGGUGCUUGCAACUCGAAUACCGGCAAUUAGGAGUGACGCAUUCCUUCCCAUAUUCACAGCCUAAAGUUGGAUAUAUCGUGC